AUGGCCGCCGCCAUUGCAUUCAUCCACAUGAGCACCGCGGGGUGCAAUCUGGGUUCGCAGAGCCGCAUGCCAGAGGAGAGAGGGAAAGGCAUGGAUCCCUCGCACCCAAUAGAGAAACGACGAGACCACCAGGCUGCACGAACCCUGCUGGACUCCCAAAUCCACGCCCUCAACCUCCCCACCGUCCAGCCCGACUCUUUCAACUACCUCGCCCCGCUGUCCCUGUACCAACGGGAAAAGCCGUACAAAUGCCAGCUGCCGGGGCCCUGUUUCGGCAAGGACGCCCGGAUGAACAACCUGGUAUCGCAAAACUACCCCACCGUCAUCUCCAACGUGGCCGGACACGAGGGCUUAUUCACGCUGGACCAGUCGGGCUUCGAGUUUGCCCGAUGCUCCCUCGCCAGCGGCGUGGGGGUUGACUCGCAGUGGUCCGACGACAGCGUGGUCAACGGGUAUUUGCCCGACCUGGCGCAGUGGCUGAAGACGCGGCUGGGGUGUCGCGACGUCUUUUGCUACGCCUACAAUUUUCGCCGGCACGGAACCGACCACCUCCAAGCCGUGGGAAAGGGGUUGGCGUACGAUGUCAAGCCGCCGUUCUUUCGCGUCCACUGUGACGCAUCGGAAGCAACCUGUCUCGAACGCCUGCGACUCUACUUUCCCGGCUCCUACACCACCAUCCUGCAAUCCCGCGUCCGGUUUCUCAACAUCUGGCGCCCCAUCUCCCCCGCCCCCGUCGAAGACUGCCCCCUGGCGCUCUGCGACUUCCGCACCGUCGACCACGCUGACCUGGUGCCCAUGGACAUUGUGUAUCCCCACUUUGUGGACGAGGCAUAUGAAGUGCAGUACAACCCGGCGCACCGGUGGUUCUACAAGAAGGGAAUGGAACAGGAUGAUGUCGUGGUGUUUAAGCUUUUUGAUAGCUUGAAGGGAGAGGCGACGGUGUGUCCGCAUUCGGCGUUUGUGAAUCCGGAGGCGAGGCAGACAAAGGUGAGGAGAGCGAGUAUCGAGGUCAAGGUUAUUGUGGUGGGUUAG